AUGGCUGUAAUAGUGAAAUAUUUGAUAGCUGGUUUAGUGAGAUAUUGGCUUAUACAUUUAGAUUAUUGGCAAACUAUAGCCAAUAGAGUUGAAAUUGCUACACCUUUAAAUUCAUGGAAGAGGUUAGUCGAGGGUGUAUAUUUGUACGAUCACAAUAUAAAUCCAUAUGAAGGAGAUUCCUUUCAUGAGUCGCCGAUUAUGCUGGUUAUCUUCCACUGUUUACUAAAGAGGGUGCCAUAUUUACUUCCUCUUCUUUUCACUGUUUUGGACCUCCUUACAGCUUAUCUUUUAUACCAGACAUCUAAGUCAUUUAUGAAGAUUUUUAUAGAAUCACAAAAGAAACAGAAAAAUGAUAUAGCUGAUGAAUCUAAACCAAUGCUAUUAAAUGAAACACAAUUGAAUGAAGCAACCGAAUAUGUGUUAUCUGUGUACUUGUUUAAUCCGUAUUCUGUUCUGAACUGUGCUGGAAUGACUACAACAGUUGUACAGAAUUUGCUAGUGGCAGCUUCACUGUGGAAUGCAUCAAAUGGACGUGGAAUAUUGGCUUGUAUAUUUAUAGCCCUCGCUACACAUCAAGCUUUGUACCCUGUACUUCUGAUAGUUCCAAUUGCCAUUUUAUUAGCAGAUGUCAACAAAGGUUGCAAUAAAUGUUCCUACAUCAGGACACUUCUUGCAUUUGUUCUAUGCUGGGGAUUUUUUAUAUACAUCUCUGCAUACAUUAUGGAUGGGUCUUACAACUAUGUACACAAUACUUAUGGAUUUAUAUUGACAGUUCCUGAUUUGAAGCCAAACAUAGGCCUGUUCUGGUAUUUCUUUACUGAAAUGUUUGAACAUUUCAGACUGCUAUUUGUAUGUGCAUUUCAAAUAAAUGCUCUUGCACUCUAUGUAGUCCCACUGACAUUAAGGUUCAAAAAGGAACCAGUGCUUCUGGCCACAGUACUCAUAGCACUGUCUACAAUUUUCCGGUCAUACCCCUGCAUUGGAGAUGUUGGGUUUUAUUUAGCACUUUUACCCAUGUGGAAACACCUAUUUACAUUUAUGCAACAAAAAUUCAUAGUGGGAUGUGCAUUCAUCAUUACCUCAGCACUUGGGCCCACAGUUUGGCAUCUCUGGAUUUAUUCUGGAUCAGCUAAUGCAAACUUCUUUUUCGGAGUGACAUUGUCUUUCGCCACUGCUCAAAUAUUCCUCAUUACAGACCUCUUAUUUGCAUAUAUCAAAAGGGAAUUUACUCUCAAACAUGGAUCAUCACGGCAAGUUGAAGGAAAGCCAGCCAAAUUAGUGUUACGAUAA